AAACCUUUAUUGCUAAUUCAUCAUCAUGUCAGGCACGAACCCCCUUGUUUUCGUGACCGGUGCAACCGGCUUCAUUGGCUCUCAUGUCGUUGCUACUACUCUCCGAGCUGGCUACCGGGUACGUCUCAGUAUCCGCAAAGCUGAGCAAGAGGCCGCUCUGAGGGAGCUCUUCCCAGGACACGAGAAUGAGAUCGAAACGUGCAUAGUCCCCGACAUCUCUCAGCAAGAGUUUUUCAAAGAAGCGCUUCAGGGGGUAGACUAUAUCUUCCACCUCGCCUCUCCGACCCCCGGAAGAGGAGACAACUUCCAGCAAGACUACCUUGAUCCUGCCGUCCGAGGUACAGAGGCAAUUCUGUAUGCUGCUCUCAAGUUCCCACAGAUCAAGAAAGUCAUCGUCGUGUCGUCCAUUGUCGCCUUGGCCCCGGUGACCGCUUUGGUCUCAAAAGACCUUGAAGUGGCUGACAACACCGGCGAAGUCAUUCCGGUCGACGUCUCGAUGCCCUUCCCAGAGGGAUUCGCUGGCCAUGCAUUGAAGUACGCCGCUUCCAAGGUUCUGGCCCACCAAGCGACUCGUUCGUUCCUGAAGGAUAACCGGCCUCACUAUACCUUGGUCACGCUCCACCCGACCUUUGUUCUGGGCCACAGUCUAAUCCAAAAGGCUCCCGAGGACAUCAGCGGAAUGAAUGCCCUUUUCUGGGCGUCCAUCACAUCCGGAAAAACUCGAAUUGCUAAUGCUUGGGUGCAUGUGUCGGAUGUUGCAGACGCGCAUGUCAAGGUCCUAGAGACUGAUAUCAAAGGCGGAACGGAGUUUAUCUUGUCGAGACCAUCGAUCUCGUGGGAGCAGGUUGCAAAAUUCAUCAAGUCGAAUUAUCCGGCUGUUGAUUGUAAGCUGGAGCCGCCGUUUGAGGGAAACUGGAAGAUUGAUACUACUGCCGCUGAUCGGAUCCUGGGUAUACAGUGGCGAUCGGAGGAGAAGAUUAUUGAGGAUGUGAUUGAUCAGCAGUUGGGCUUGAUGGCGAAGGCUCGUAAUUAGUGAGAUGUGGCCGUGUUUGUUGAUGCAGCCAUGCAGUGCUUUCUUUUGAACAUGG